CAUCCUUCGGGCCAUCGACAUUUUCCAACCCAAACCUUCUGUGAAUCUCUUCUGAGAGUCGUCCCACAUGCCAACGUGCUCUGUCGGCGUACCCGUCGGAUUAUCCACCAUUCGGGUAACACUCAUAGUUGAUGAAGCCUUCACGGUCGCCUGCUGCGCUUUGGGAGCCACGGCCACUUGACCGUUCGCCGGAGAAGAAAAACCGAGUGCCAGUCUGCAUCCCUACCCCUUGGCGAUUGUCUCGAGUCACGUCACAGGUAUCAGGAGUGCACCAGUCACCGCCGGUGACCGGUCCGAACCGGAACCGCAUGGAUACUUACGGUGUCCACGAGGUGUCUCCUAUCUGCCCGUACUGGUGCGUACACCCGCCCGAGUGGGACACGGGCUACCAGAACGAUGGGGCCGCCAUUCAAUCUCUCGGGCGCCAUGUCCGUCUAUGGCGCGCCGGGGCGGCCCUCGGUCUAGAGUGGUCUGCAAGUUACAGUUCUGGCCAGUUCAUAAUUGCUUCCUGUCCUCGGUUGGCCGCCCCAUUUAACCAAUGUACGGAUAUAUGCGCGCAUUGCGGCCCUUGGAGCUCUGGGACAAAACGUGACAAGGGCCCGGCACUUGCAUCAACAGAACGCCAAGGUUCAAACAUUGGAAUUGCCAAGCGGCCGUUGCUCGCUGUCAAGUCUCCAUCCUGCCCCUUGUUUCUCGUUGUGUCGUUGCACAGCAGUUUUCUAGGAUUGUCCCCGCUGCCGCUUAGCAGAGCUCGCUUCUUGAUGCUCCAAUUUAAUUCCCCCAUCGGGGGGACCUUUUGCACCUUUUUCCCUCGUGCACAGCCUCAAUGCCCAGGCUUUGGGCGGUUACCUCCCUCUCACCUCCUCGCCCAGCUAAUCUUGCUAAUCAAAGGCCAAGAUGAGAGCAUGAGAGGCAUUUCCCGGCAUGUCCGACCCCCUCUGUCUCUCCAUCUGGGCUCCCCGUCUCCUUGGCCUCCUUCCCUUCUUGGUCACCUCGUGCCAGACUUUUCGUUCUCGUUGCAGUCUUAGUUAGUCCUGCAUCCCCGCCAAGAUUCGCCAUUGAGACUGCUGUGUACGGAGUAAUAGUCGACUGAAGCGCGACUUUCUCCCACCCCCCCUCUCUCUCUCCCUAUCAUUUUGUCCGAUCCAGCCAAUCCAUUAUCGGCUGCCAGUGGAUCUCGAUUGACUUCAUAUCCUCUUGAACUUGCCAAGAAAGGCAUGUGGUUGUGAGCACUGCCAUGCUCUAGAAAGUCUUGCCGGCAAACAUCCAAACGCUCUUGGAAGCUCUCCUCCCUCAUCCCCAGGUCUUGACUCGCGAGACCCAGACUGAAAAACCAUGACGGUUGCUCAACUCUGAUCAUCCGUCACUACUCUUCAACCAGCCCCGUACGCUUCCCGACGGUGACCAAACCAUCGCCUCCCACUAAGACUCUUCCCGUUGCACUGCCUCCUAAACGAAGCGUCUC